AUGAAGGACAUGCUUUUGGCACUCCCGCUGAUUACCGUCUCUUGGGUGGGUGUUACGGCGGCUAGUUCAGAUAGAGCCACUGGCACAACACAACCGAAUUGGUUCCAGACAUCCCCUGAGAGUUACCAAGGUCCAACUGCCACCGGCUCUGCACCUUUCCUCGCCGAAACGAACCCAGCAUUCUCCAGCCAUGGGACUUAUAUUGCCAAUGACCCUUUGGUGACAGACCAACCUAUCUCGGGAGCGCAAGGGCGCAAUAUAUUCCACCAUGCAGGCAAUUUAAGUCCAUAUUUCUCCUCGGAAGAUGGCUUCGGGGUCGACGAAUAUCCCCUUCCUGCUGGGGCAAACAUCACCCAAAUGCAUAUGAUUCAUCGACACGGUUCUCGUUACCCUUCUUCGUCAGAGGGGUUUCCGUCCUGGGCUGAGGGGAUCAAGAACUCUACGACUGCCGGUAACCGCUUCAAGGGCGCUCUAUCAUUCCUCAAUGACUGGAGCUAUGGUCUUGGGGCUGAGAUCCUUGUUCCGAAGGGUCGCCAGGAGCUGUUUGAUAGCGGUGUCCUUAAUUACUACAACUAUGGGCAUCUUUACAAUGAGAGCCUUGGUCAUAAGCUAGUGGCACGCACCACAACGCAGGAUCGCAUGCUGAAAUCUGCAGAGAACUUCCUUGCUGGUUUCUUCGGCCUGGAUUGGACUGACAAGGCCAACCUACUAGCAAUAAUUGAAAAUGUGGGGUUCAAUAACUCUCUUGUUGGAACAUAUUCCUGCACCAAUGCUAUGACCGUCAUGGCCAACACAUCAAUCUAUGAACCAAUGAACCAAUGGAUCAAUGUAUAUCUCAAGAACCGUACUACGGUGCUGAAAGAGCUUUCCGGGUCCUAUAACUGGACCGCUACUGAUUCACAUAAUGCUCAGGCUCUCUGCGUAUACGAGACCAUUAGUUUUGGCUACAGUCAAUUCUGCGAGCUCUUUACAUAUAAUGAAUUUGAGCAGUUCAGCUAUGCGUAUGAUCUCAUGUUUACCGCCAUGGUUGGGUUUCAGAAUCCAGCCGGACGUGCCCAAGGAAUCGCGUGGGUAGAGGAAUUCCUUGCCCGAGUGGACGGCCAUGUCCUGCAGACAACCGGCACAAAUGCCAACAUGACUCUGGCUACGAACCCAGUUACGUUUCCGGUGGAUCAAAACCUCUACCUUGACUUCACACAUGAUGCCGAUAUCUUCGCGACUCUCACAGCAUUCGGCUUCAGACAAUUUGCUCAGUUUUUGCCUCCCACAGGACCUCCGAAAAACCAGCAAUUUUCUACUAGCAAAGUUGUUCCCUUCGGUGGCCGCACAAACAUUGAGAUUAUACGGGCGCCUCAUAAGGUAUCAACGGAGCGAUCCCGAAAUGAAACCCGGAGUGUCUACGCGAAAGACACGAAAGACACAUAUUAUGUUCAUUUCCUUCAAAAUCAGCGAACACUCCCUCUUCAUGCCAGCUUUCCUGAGUGUGAAUAUCGCGACGAUGGAUGGUGUGAGCUUGACACGUUCAUGAAGGUACAAAGAAAAAGCUUGGAGCGGUCCCAGUUCGAGUAUGCGUGCUUCGGAAAUUGGAGUACUCCACCCUAUGGGGAUGUUACAGACGGGGUGCCUCCGCGGUCCUGA